CAGAAUGGGGCCAUCACCGGUUGACCGUAGAAAUUGUCACACCAGAUCGCCGACAAGAUUAUGAUGAAUUAAGUUCCCAAUGAUAAAAAACAACAAAUUAAUUAUUAUUAUUAAGUCCUGAGUCCUGACUCUAAGGGUGUCAAUCGGUCGGUUUCGGUUUAAUCGAAAACUGAAUUAUCGGUUAUCGGUUAAACCGAGCCACCCUCAAGGGAUUCCGGCAACCGACCGUGAGAGGACUGCGGUUAACCGGCCAAUCAACAGCCCGGUUUCGGUUUUAGGCUCGGUUAGCCGCAUACCAAAAACGUUAGCAAAAACGUUGGCGUUUAGUCAACAAAAAAACAAAAAACAAAAACAAAAGUCAGUGGCGUCUUCAGAGGCCACACCAACUCCUAUUUCUCUCUCCUUCCUCCAUUUUAGAUCUAUUCCUCCUCCUCUCCAUUUUAAACAUGCAGACAUGGGCAGCAGCAAUCGCAAAGAAUGGACAGAGCAGGGGAGGCGUUGAGGAGGGGCUUAUGGUCCAUGGGCGAGGAAUUCGACAGCGACGACAGAGCAGCCAGGGUGGGGCCAACGGCAGAGCGAACAGAGGCGGAGAUAGUGGAGAAGCUCGCUGGAGUCGUCCCGGUGCCUGUCGCGGAAAUGAUGGACGGCUCUACUUGGCGAUGCAGCCACUCGAUGGUCUGGCCGUCAGACUUGUGCCCCAGCUCGCGGGUCAGCUAAAAAACCUUGGCGGUGCAGAUGAUUGGCAUCCGGAUUCUCCUCCCCAUCCCGUCGACCUUGCUCUGCCUGUCCUUCGAAGGUGGCUUCUUCACCGCGAGCGCGCCGUUGGUUCCGCCGCCAGCGGAACCAGGAACGAUGGUCGUGGAGGAAGUUGUGGUGGCGCUGGAAGGAGGGGGAGCAGAGGAGGCAGGGGAGGGCGGCGACUGGUGCUGGUGGUGGUGUCUGUGGAGGUGAGGGUGGAAUAGAAGGUCGAUCAUGGCGGCGGCGUCGGAAUUGGACAUGGUUGAUGGGUGAAGAAGAAGAUUUAGGGAUUCGAAAAUUUAAGGAGAAGAAGAAGAUUCAGGGAGAAGUGGAUUCGAAAAUUUUGGGAUUUAGAGUUCGUCAGAUUGGGCAAGGGAAUGGUUAAUUGGAUUCAAUGCAUGGUUUAUUCCUCCUCUUUUUUAUAUUUUUCGGUUGUGGGUCGGUCGGCCGGUUGACCGCCUUCGGUUACUCGGCUAACCGGAGAACCCUUCAGUCUUGCCGAACACCGACCGCGACUAAUAACCGGCCGGUUUUCGGUUAGUGGUUAACCGACAGUUAGCGGUUAAAACCGCCAGUUAGCCGCUAACAGGAAACCGAUCUGCCACCCCUACCUGACUCUUUAGUAAUUUCGGGUUGGAUCCGGUCCUUAAGUCUAAAACUUAAGGAGUUUCUUAAGUUAUUAUUGGCCAAUAGGAAGAGGAGAGAGAAAGUGAAGUCUAACCACCUAAAAGGACAAUAAAAGAUAUUAAUUAAAUAUUAGUAUUUAACGGUUAAUGGAAGUCCAAAUUAAAAAUCACAAUUCGUAAUUAAUAUUUCAUGUAUUAAAAAAGGUAAUUAAAAAUGUUUACACUCUCUCCAUGCCGACUCCCAUUGAUAUUAUUAAUGUUUUUCAAUUGCAUUAUCAACUAUUAUAAAAAAAUUAUUAUUUUUCAAUUGCAUUUUUUUCAAUUGUUUUUCAAUUUCAUUUUCAAUACCCCAUCAUUAUUAACCCUUUCAGUAUACUUAUCAAUAUUUUACGGAUACAUUAUCAACGAAUUUAGUUCAAUUGGUAACGAGCUAUAUUUUCAUUAUCAACGCUUAUUAAUGUAUUAUUAAAGUUAUGUUAUAUCGUUAGUAAAGAGUUGAAUAAUAUUACCAUUGAUUUACAAUAUCUUUAUUAUGAUUCAAUAUUAAGUGUUAAUAUACGACAUUUGGAUAUUGAAAACCAUUAAUAACAACGUGCACACCAUUGAUAAAAAAUUGAAUUUCAUUGAGAACCAACACAAAAUCAUUAAUAAUGUUUGGAUUCAAUAUUAAGUGCCAAAUGACAUUAAAAAUGUUCAAAAUAUUGGUGUCUUUGUUCAAAACUAAAACAAAGACAUUAACAAUAAUCGGCUUCAUUAUUAAAAAAUGACAUUAGGCCGUUAAAGAUAUAAGAUAAAUUGUUAAUCAUAAACAAUUUCAUUAUUAACAUUAUAUAAUAUCAUUAUUAACGGUUCAAAUAACAUUAUCAAUAAUUUAAAAUAUAUUUAUUAAUGAUUCAUAUUUUUACGUCUAUCCAUAAUUAAAUAGUCGAAGAGGCAAUCGAAUGAAGAACCAACGCCAGGGAUAAAAAGCUUACGGUACG